AGAACAAUGAAGAGAUUAUUAAAGCCUCAAUUAAACUAAUUUGGAUGGCGACUAAUAGAAAAGUUGUUAAUAUCACUUUCGAUGAUCCAAUACUGUCAGCAAAAGUUGUCUUAGAUAAUAACACUAGUAAAAUUAUAAUUUUGGAUGAACCGAAAGCAGUUCUGUUAAACAAAAAUAAUUAUAGAAAGAUAAGAAAUGAAUUAGCAGGAAAAAGUUCUAUUGCAAUUGAUGAGGAG